AUGGCCAUGUCUUCCUUGCAGCAAGCGGACAUCGUGUUUCUGGCCAGCUUACAUAGCUUCUGUGGAGGUACUCUUCCGCUCACCAUCUGUCGGAGUGAUAAGAAUGGGAACUCAGGGAAGCCAAUGGUCAGGCAUCCAUCCUGUUCCUUCUUCCACUGGUUUCCUCAGAUUCUAUCGCAUCCAGAUAUCAUGGCUCUCAUCCCAGGAGGUUCUCCGACUCUUGGCGCAGCCUCUGCAGCUCCUUUCCCUUCAACACAGCCUCUAGCCUUGGGUUCUCAGCUACAACCCAACAGCAAGAAGUUAUGCAACGCAGACAACCAGCACCCUCAGGCUGAUAUGCAGCAGGAGUGGGAUUGGGGAUUUGAUCAGGAGAGUUUUGCUGACUUGGAGACCAACUGGCACGAUUCGUCACUCGACACUGGAGUUGAGAUGAAUGAUGGGUUGAGGGCGCUUCAACAUGCACUUCAGUCUGCUGGCACUGAACAGCCUAUGUUCCCAUCAUUCCAUUACAUCUUGACAGCUCCUGCGCAACCACCUGCACCAUCACAGCAGUCUGGUUUACCCUCACUGUCGCAACCCCCUCAUCUGCCCCCACUGUCACAACCCCUUUGUCUGCCCCCACUGUCACAACCCCCUCGUCUGCCCCCACUGUCACAACCCCCUCAUCUUCCGAUGCUCUCUCAGAACGACAAUGCCUCUGCCAUGCACGCCUUCCCGGUUCAUAAGGUAUCAAAGGCCCCCCACAUAACGGAUCAACUUGAUCUGCUAUGGGCAGGUGAUCUAAAUACACGCGCACGAGAGGAGAUUGAGAGUAAGAGGGUGGCAGAUCGUCGCAAGGAGAUGGAACAGGCAGCUAAACAGCACUUUGUCUUGUACUGGUUUGAUGCUGACGAUACGCCAGUGUUGAUGCAGUGGGUUGUGCACUGCCCAUACUUCCUGCAAUACCAGCUCUCAGACGAUCCCACCCUCAUCGCAUCCCUUGGCACCGACAUCCAGAAGAUUGAUAUUUUUGAGGAAAGCUUUAUGCGGUGGAUUCUAUCAGCACUCACCCACCCCUUCACUCUUGACUCAGGAUGUCAUGUUUUCAUCCGAUGCCACAGCAUCACUGACUGCAACGACUUUGACGACCUAUUCAAGUCUUCCAAGCUGUUGGCUCGCCCCUCCCACAUGUGCUUCAACAUGAAAGGCAAGCAUGAUAGUUUGCGCAAGAUGAAAAAGCAGCGACAAGCAUCUGCUACUGCUUCCUCAUCAGACAUUGAGAUCAUUGACGACACACAGCUCACACCAAAACCCUCCUUGGGAAAGCGCCACUGGGUGUUACGAACUAGGAUGAUUCUGACGUAUGGCUACUCGAUAAGAGUAAUCAGCCAAGGUCGGUUCAUGGCUCUGGCGUAUACCAGAGUUUGA